CAAAGAAAUUGCUCUUUAUGGUCAAGAAUAAUGCCCCUCCACGACAACAAUGUACCGCGGCAUCACAUGGUCAAGGUUAUGAUGGCCAUCAUCACAAUGGCUAUGGCUCAGCUUGUCUUGUUACAAAUGAUACGCCACGUCAAAAACAAGAAAACAAGAAGAAGGCUGCAUGAUGGUUACUGGGAUGUCGAGCAACAAGUGGGCGAGUGGCUCUCCCACAGUAGCCAUUGAAUGCGUGCUGCAUUGGGCGUCAACCUCCAGGAGUUCUUGAGCAUCAAAGAUUACAUGGAAGGUAAAGGAGUCGAGUUGGGAAGCAGAGGUGUCUCGGCGGAGGCAAGCCUUGCCAUGGGAUUGUGGACGCUGCGCACGGGCGACUCGACCAGGCAUACUGCUGAGGCUUUUGGCCAGAGGAGUCUAGAUACGGUUACGGAAUCGUUAUGGACUGUUGUCCUGGCUCUGUCGUCUGAAGAGAUCGUCGAUGAAUGGAUCAGGAUCCCCUCUGCCGAUGAGCCAGACCACCCCCAAAUCAAAGACUAUUCGCCACUGGUCUUUGCAGGGUGCAGAGGGGCGCUUGAUGGUACCCAUAUAGGGGUGAAAGUACCAAAAAGAGUCGAAGAUGUUUACGUCUCAAGGAGAGGGAGAAAGGACAAAACGACUAUUAACGUCUUUGCUGCCUGUAACUUCGACCUCGACUUCAUUGCGAUACAUGCCGGUGUAGAGGGAUCUGCGCAUGAUUCAAGGGUACUUGAAAUGGCUCGGGCAACAGGCAACUUUGCAAUGCCUCCUGGUCUAUAUCUAUUGGGUGAUGCUAGUUACGGACUCUCAAAAGAUGUCCUGACUCCUCAUAGAUCAGUCAAGUACCGUACAUGGGAGCCUGGUGCUGUGCCCAGCAGCGACGUAGAAGAGUUCAAUAGGCAGCAUGCCUCUCUCCAUAAUUGUAUCGAAAGAGCUUUUGACCUACUCAAAAGCAGAUUUGGGAUUCUGCGAGAGCCUUUACGCCAACGCUUAGACCAACAAUGACGAGUGGUUGUUGCUUGCGCAGUGCUUCACAAUAUGCUCAACAGGCAUCGCCGUGGUAUCGAUGAAGGAGACAGGGAAGAUAUGGAGAUCGGUAUGAGUGAAGACGGGGCCGAAGACCGAUCGAGAGAGCACAACGGUGAUAACAUGCCGGCAGAGGGGGGUCUCCAGUCAGCCGGAGACAUGAAAAGGAGGCGGAACCUUUAUACAGAGUUGCUAUGGGAUAGACUCUAAUCUCGGACCUCGCGGGCUGUUGACCUGAAGGACCAAGCAUGAGGGUCAAAGCCAUCUAAAAAGGAUA